AUGGCCGAGGUGAAUUCAGAGAUCGAGAUCGAGAUCGAGACCGAGACUUACGAGACCGUGACCGCGACCGCGAAUUUCGAGAUACUCGCGAUGCGCCUCCCUUCCGUCGCGACAUGGAUCGAGAUUGGGGCCGCCGAGAUCGCGACUUUGAUCCUCGAGACACACGUAUUGGUUUUGGCCGAGGUCGCUCAAGGUCUCCGCCGCGCGACUUCCGUGAUACGCGAGAACUCCCCGGCCGAGCUGAUUUUGACCUAG